CAAAGAUGGCUGAGCAAAUUCCAUUUAGUAUUGCAGAAAGCCUUUUAACAAAGCUGGGUUCCAUUGCUCUUCAAGAAAUCGGAUUGGUGCAUGGGGUCCAUAAGGAGCUGAGGAAGCUUGAGAAUACACUUUACACCAUCAAAGCUGUACUCGUCGAUGCUGAGAAGCAGCAGCAGGAGGAGAAGAGCCGAGCAGUAGAAAGUUGGGUGAGGAGGCUCAAAGAUGUCGUCUAUGAUGCCGAUGACUUGCUGGAUGAUUUUGCAGUCCAACACCUGCGACCAAAGAAUGAUAUGCAAAGAGGAAUUGCCAGACAAGUAAGCCGUCUCUUCACCUCUAAAAGUCAACUUGCGUUUCGCCUUAAGAUGGGUCAUAGAAUUAAGGAUAUUAGACUACGGUUUGAUGAAAUUGCUAAUGAUAUUUCCAAGUUUAAUUUCCUUCCCAGACCCAUGAUAGAUGUGGGUGUGGAGAAUAGGGGGAGAGAGACUCAUUCUUUUGUGUUGACGUCUGAAAUUAUUGGAAGAGAUGAAAACAAAGAGGAUAUUGUGGAGUUGUUGAUGCCAUCUGGUAAUGAAGAAAAUCUUUCCAUUGUCGCCAUUGUUGGCAUGGGAGGUUUAGGCAAGACCACCCUGGCCCAAUUGGUAUACAAUGAUGAGAGGGUGCUGAAAUAUUUCGAGAUUAGGAUUUGGGUUUGUGUUUCUGAUAAUUUUGAUACAAAAACGCUGGUUAAAAAAAUUUUGAAGUCUACAACCAAUGAAGUUGUGGGAGAUUUGGAGUUGGAUAUUCUGAAAAAUCAGCUUCAUGAAAAAUUAAAUCAGAAGAGGUACUUAUUGGUACUGGAUGACGUUUGGAAUGACGACUUUGAAAGCUGGGAUCAAUUGAGAAUUCUGCUGACUGUUGGUGCUAAAGGAAGUAAAAUUCUGGUGACUACUCGAAGCGCAAAAGUCGCGUCGGCUAUGAAAAUCGAUUCCCCAUAUGUUUUAGAAGGUUUGAGAGAAGAUCAAUCUUGGGAUUUGUUUGAAAAACUGACUUUUAGGGGGCAGGAAAAAGUGUGUCAAAGCCUAGUAACAAUAGGAAAAGAAAUUAUAAAGAUGUGUAAGGGAGUGCCAUUGGUGAUAAGAAGUUUAGGAAGCACACUGCAAUUCAAGGCUGAAAAACGCCAUUGGUUGUCCAUUAGGAAUAAUGAAAAUUUGAUGUCGCUUGAUGUUGGAGAUAACAUCUUACGAGUUUUGAAGCUGAGCUAUGAUAAUUUGCCGGUUCAUUUGAGACAAUGCUUUGCAUAUUGUGGGCUGUUUCCUAAAGAUCAUAAAAUUGAGAGAAGAGUAUUGGUCCAGAUAUGGAUAGCACAGGGUUAUAUUCAUACCUCGGAUGAAAGACAUCAUUUGGAAGAUAUCGGUGAUCAAUACUUUGAGGAACUGUUGUCAAAAUCCUUCUUUCAAGAGGUAGAAAAAGACAGUUAUGGCAAUAUAUUAAGCUGCAAAAUGCAUGAUCUUAUCCAUGAUCUCGCACAAUCGGUGGCAGGAUCUGAGUGCUCCUUUUUAAAAAAUGAUACGGGAAAUGCAAUAGGGAGGGUUUUGGAAAGAGCCCGUCAUGUGUCACUGGUGAAAGCUUUGAAUUCAUUACAGGAGGUUCUGAAGACAAAGCACUUAAGAACCAUUUUUGUGUUCUCUCAUCAAGAGUUUCCAUGUGAUUUAGCAUGUAGGUCGUUACGUGUGUUGGAUCUAAGUCGACUGGGGAUUGAGAAGGUGCCGAUAUCUGUUGGCAAAUUGAAUCAUCUGAGGUAUCUUGACCUUUCCUAUAAUGAGUUUGAUGUGCUCCCCAAUUCUGUUACAAGUUUCCACCAUUUGCAGACACUGAGACUUUUUAAGUGUGAAGAACUUAAAGCAUUGCCAAGAGACAUGAGGAAAUUGAUCAAUCUGAGACAUCUUGAGAUAGAUGGAUGCAGUAGUUUGACUCAUAUGCCUUCUGGCUUGGGAGAAUUGAGUAUGCUUCAACAUCUACCAUUAUUUGUUCUUGGGAAUGACAAAGUAGACUCCAGAUAUGAUGAAAUUGCUGGGCUAACUGAAUUGAAAUCCCUUGACCAUCUGCGAGGAGAGCUUUGUAUCCAAUCUCUUGAGAAUGUGAGGGCGGUUGCAUUAGAAUCCACUGAAGCAAUUUUGAAGGGAAAGCAGUACCUUCAGUCCUUGAGAUUAAAUUGGUGGGAUCUAGAAGCUAACAGGAGUCAGGAUGCUGAGUUGGUGAUGGAAGGCCUCCAACCGCACCCAAAUCUCAAGGAGCUCUACAUAUAUGGUUAUGGAGGUGUGAGGUUCCCUAGUUGGAUGAUGAACAAUGAUCUGGGUUUGUCGCUUCAAAACCUAGUUCGUAUUGAGAUACGAAGAUGUGACAGAUGCCAAGAUUUGCCACCUUUUGGUCAACUCCCUUCUCUUGAGCUUCUGAAGCUUCAGGAUUUAACUGCGGUAGUGUACAUAAAUGAGUCUUCAUCAGCAACUGAUCCAUUUUUCCCAUCUCUCAAAAGACUCGAACUCUAUGAGUUGCCUAAUUUGAAGGGAUGGUGGAGGAGGGAUGGAACAGAAGAGCAAGUUCUGUCAGUACCUUCAUUUCCUUGUCUCUCUGAAUUUCUUAUUAUGGGUUGCCAUAACUUAACAUCCUUGCAACUGCCUCCAUCUCCUUGUUUUUCUCAGUUAGAGCUCGAGCAUUGCAUGAACCUGAAAACCUUGAUACUUCCCCCAUUUCCUUGCCUUUCUAAGUUAGAUAUCAGUGACUGCCCUGAGUUGAGAUCCUUUCUACUGCCUUCAUCUCCAUGCCUUUCUAAAUUAGAUAUCAGUGAAUGCCUUAACUUGACAUCAUUGGAGCUGCAUUCGUGUCCUCGUCUUUCUGAAUUACAUAUCUGUGGUUGUCCUAAUUUGACAUCCUUGCAACUACCGUCAUUUCCUAGUCUUGAGGAACUAAACCUGGAUAAUGUUAGUCAGGAGCUACUGCUGCAGUUAAUGUUUGUCUCUUCUUCAUUGAAAUCUGUGUCUAUUUCAAGAAUAGAUGAUCUUAUAUCUCUAUCAUCAGAAGGGCUGCGAUGCCUCACUUCUCUCAGCAAUUUGUUAAUUAAUGACUGUCAUAGUCUGAUGCAUCUGUCUCAAGGGAUUCAACAUCUCACUGCUCUUAAGGGGCUACGGAUUCUGCAAUGCAGAGAGCUUGAUUUGUCAGAUAAAGAGGAUGAUGAUGAUACGCCAUUCCAAGGACUUAGAAGCUUGCAUCACCUGCACAUCCAAUAUAUUCCAAAGUUGGUCUCUCUUCCAAAAGGGCUUCUACAAGUCACCUCGCUCCAAAGUCUAACAAUUGGCGACUGUUCUGGUUUGGCAACUUUACCAGACUGGAUUGGUAGCCUUACGUCACUUAAAGAGCUUCAAAUUUCCGAUUGCCCCAAGCUGAAAUCACUGCCAGAAGAGAUCCGCUGCCUUAGCACUCUACAGACACUCAGAAUCUCCUUGUGUAGACACUUGUCGGAAAGAAGCCAAAUGGAAAUAGGAGAAGACUGGCCCAAGAUUUCUCAUGUCCCAGAAAUUUACAUCAAUGGUCAGCGACAGAUUGCUGGUUAUAUGGACUCCUGUUCUUCUCUCUCAUUCAAGUCCACCAUCCACCAUACAUUUUAGGAGGAACUAGAGGUUGCUAGAAUACAAUACUACUGAAGUUGGUUUGGCUUCUCUUUGGGAUCAUUUCAAGCAUUUUAUGGGGAUAGCCUAGAAUUCAACAUGCUCAAGGUGAUUGUUGAAGAUGAGUUGUUUGAGCGCAUCAGAGAUGGAAAAACACCCAAGAGAGCAAGGGACACAUUCACAUCUAUCUGUUGAUAAGAAUAAAUGAUGUUCAGUAGCUAGGUGAUCAUGAUCAACUUUCAAAAUGUAUCAUGUCUUGGAAAGGAUUUCUAUGCUCUUAUGCUUUGUAAUCAGUUUGACUCUUGAUGUUGAUUGAGUUUAGUUGGAAGUAGGAAUGAACCUUCGAUGAAUGACUAACAUUAACCAAUGAGUGAAUGUCUUAAGUUCAGAUUCCUACACUUUUUCAAUUGGAAA